GUAAGACAACAAAAAUAGCACGCGCCAAGGAAUCAAAAAAAAGUGCAACAAAUAAAAUGUAAAUAAUCAAGUAUUAUAGCAAAAAGUUAAUGUGCUGCUAGCCGUCAAAGUGCUGCAACUGCGCUGCGCGUCAAUUCCUUUCCCUUUUUAAAGUGCGUUUGCGACGCACAUUCAUACACAUGUAUGUCGAGUUGAGUCCAAAAUCUAAUAGUUUAAGCACAAACAUGGAGCCGGACGAACUGCAGCCAAUCACGUCUGAUUCCACUCAGUCAUAUAAGACGCGAGCCAAAGUGAAUCCGGCGAAAAAAGAUAAUGAGAAACGGCGACGAAAGGAUGCGAUGCGAAAGGUUUCGCUAAUUUUACGCAAAUGCGACUCGCUGCGCACCAACGAGGAUCGUCAGUUUCUGGACAAGCAUCCGGAUAUUGUGAAAGCGACGAAAAAACGGAAGGAGCGCAUAGAGAUAUACAAGGAGCGUAUCGUCGAGAAGGAGGACGAGCCGCACGUUAUUGAGGCAAAGGUCGAGCAGCUGGCCAAUAUCAUAUCGCAGGCAAAGCAUUUAAUCUGUUACACAGGCGCCGGCAUUAGCACUGCUGCUCUGAUACCCGACUACCGCGGCAGCAAGGGCAUCUGGACGUUGCUGCAGAAGGGCAAAGACAUUGGAGAACACGAUCUUUCCAGCGCCAAUCCCACCUUCACUCACAUGGCGCUCUACGAACUGCAUCGACGUCGUCUGCUGCAGCACGUCGUGUCGCAGAAUUGCGACGGUCUGCACCUGCGCUCCGGCCUGCCGCGCCAGUCGCUCUCCGAGAUACAUGGCAACAUGUAUGUAGAGGUGUGCAAGCACUGCAAGCCGAACGCGAUCUACUGGCGCCAGUUCGAUGUGACAGAGAUGACGGCCCGCUACUGCCAUAAGACACAUCGGCUGUGCCACAGGUGCUCGGAGCCGCUCUACGAUACCAUCGUGCACUUUGGCGAGCGCGGCAAUGUGAAGUGGCCGCUGAACUGGGACGGAGCCACGCAUCACGCGGAGCGGGCGGACGUGAUACUCUGUUUGGGCUCUAGUCUGAAGGUGCUGAAGAAAUACACCUGGCUCUGGCAGAUGGACAAGCCGCAGCGGCAGCGCGCCAAGAUAUGUGUGGUGAAUCUGCAGUGGACGCCCAAGGACAGCAUAGCCAGCAUCAAGAUCAAUGGCAAGUGCGACAACGUCAUGGCGCAGCUGAUGCGUCUGCUGAACAUAACGGUGCCCGUCUACAGCAAGGAGAAGGAUCCCAUAUUCGCGCAUGCAACGCUUCUGAUGCCCGAAGAGCUGCACACCCUGACACAGCCGUUGCUCAAGAAUGCCGACGAGGAGGAGGCGGGCGAUACACAAUCCUGUACAACCACCACCGAGGAGACGCAGGACUCGACUAUUUCCGGCGAUAGCUACAGCGAACUGCCCAUUGGCAGGGGUCCGCGCAUACGGACGCCUAUCAAAAAUGGACGGCGUGUUAAGACCAAUCUGGAGAUGCGGCAAAAGUAUGCACCACCGCCAAACGAUAGUGCCGACGAGACCAAGCCGACAAAUGGACUGCAGCUGAAAACCGAAUCGGAGCUGGAUAUCAAAGUGAAGACUGAAACGGAAACGGAGACGGAAGCGUUGACGCUCUGCGAACUGAAGCAAGAGACGAAAGUCGAGGAGGCGUUGGUUGAAGCUAAUGUGGAAAUCACGAACAUCAAAGCGGAAGUGGAGCCCAAAGUGGAGCCGAAGCCCGAAGUGGAGGUGCCCAGUGAAGCCAAAAAUGGCCAUCAGCACAAGAACGGUCUCAUGGAGCUGCCCAAACUAGUCGCCAUACAGAAGCCGUACACGGACGUGAACAUCUAUCCGGGAAUGUGUCUGUUGCCCGUAGAGCUGCGGCUGGAGCCCAGCUUACCACCAGUGCAGCUGCCGCCGUUGGUGCCAAUUGGUGCACCGCUAUACACGCCUUUCGUGCAGCCCCUGAUGCAGACGCAGCUCGUGUUGCCGCCGUCGCUGCAGACGCUCAACUUGCAGAGUGAUAGCGCCACCUGUUCCGCCGAGUCGACAACGGAGAACGACGAUGACGGGGACGAGGACGACAGAGAAGUGGAGGAGGAUGAGGAGGAGCAGGAGAAGGAAGAGGAGAACGAGCAGUUUGCCAUGGCACAAAUGGAUUUGCUGCGAUGCCACAGCGAUAACGAGCUCCUGCGUCAACUGCCCAGCUGGUACGAUGCGAAAUAUGCCUACUCGGGCCUGCACAGCAUUUUGAUACCGCCCCCAUCAGAUCUCAACAUUUGGAACUCGCAAGUGGUGCCCAAUUUCGCCAUGAAUCGCUCUGCCGCCAGCUGUGAGUUCUGCUUCGAUCGGUAUGCGGAGCUGGAGUGCCAGUUCUAUCGCCGCUGGCAUCUCAACCAGCGCAAGCACAAGAAGCGAGCGCGCAGCGGCCGCUUUGUCGUCUGCGAGUGCUGUCCGACCAGCGACGAUGACGACGACUACGACGAGAAUAUAUCGCUGGCGCACAUAGCCGCCGCCGAGACGGCCAAGCGCCGGCUGCAACUGAGCCACAGCUUCCCACGCAAGCUGGCCCGCACCCAGGCCGGCUGGUAUGGCAAGGGCUACAAGAAGGGCCGCAAGCGCAGAUAGACGCAGUCGCUUCAAUAGUAUUCGAGCAUAGUCCAGUAGCUGUUAACUAAGCAUAAGCAAAGUAUUUAAGGUUAGCUAUAUAUAUAUGGUAUAUAUAGAUCUAGAGUUGUAUCGGUUCAUAGCUCGUAGUGCCACUCGCAUUAGGUAUUCGUCUAGGUAGGUUUUACAUUUUUUAAAAAGCAAAUCAAGUAUUUUAUUUUGUCUGUCAUGUAGUCGUGCAGUCCUUGGUCCAAUUUAGUUUUAAGUGUCGCGAUUGCAAGUGCAGGAGUCUAUGUAAAUUUGUCAUUUUAUAUCUAUUUAUAUUUCGCUCUUUCAUUUGUUAAAUAUUGCAUGCAUUUA